GGGAGGGACCUCUUUGCCCUCCAGAAACCAGGAAGGGAAUUGAGUUGAUCUGCUGCUGCUUGGUUAGCGCAUACGGGGCUUUAAGCUGCACAACAGUGAGAGGGAGAGAGAGAGAGCUCCGGAGAGGAGGAGAGGAGAGGGCUGAGCUAACCCACAACAAGCACCACCACGGCCAUCGCAGAUAGGCAGACGGAUAGACGGCAGGACGGAUACACGGGUGGGGGCUGUGCUAGGAGGCUCGGCGGCAGGCUGGUGGAAGAUGUCGUCAGGAGCCGGUGGGAGGGGAGGAAGGCGGCUCAGGGGGACAGCGAGCAGCGGGGGUGGAGGAGGGAGAGGAGGGGCAGGUGAGGCGGAGGAAGGUCCUGUGGGGAUCCCUUUCCCUGAACACAGCGCCGACAUCCUGGGCAGCCUGAACAAGCAGCGGCUCAGCGGGCUGCUGUGUGACGUGCUCUUGGUUACCCAGGAACGGGAGUUCCCAGCUCACCGCUCCGUCCUGGCGUCCUGCAGCUCCUAUUUCCACAAGCUCUUCACUUCAGGGGCCGCCGCCGACCAACAGAACGUCUACAACAUCGACUUUGUGGCAGCGGAGGCCCUGGGAGCGUUGCUGGACUUUGCCUACACAGCCACAUUGACAGUCAGUCACAGCAGUGUGGCUGACAUCCUUGCUGCUGCACGCCUCCUGGAAAUCACACCUGUCCAGGAAGUCUGUACACACCUGCUGGACACCAAAGUGCUCUCCCCGCCGGCGGGCAGUGAGCGAAGAGAUGAAGAGGAAGACGAGGAGGGGAAAGGCAGAGGAGGCAGGGAGCAGGGGAACCGGGUGCGGGCCCGGGAGUACCUGGAGUACUUCCAGAGAGGGGCGCACUGGAGCAGCAGCUGCAGCACGCCAGAGCUCAGGGACCUGCCUACACACCUGCACUUUAACAACGGUAAUGGCGGUGCCCCCAGUAACGGGGCUCCUGCUGGCCCCGGUGAGUACUACUCCCCCCUGGCCCUUGCCUUGUCCCAGGCCCCGACACAGGAACCAGAGGAAGAGGAUGAGGAUGAAGAGGAGGAGGAGGAAGGGGAGGCGGUGCAGCGCAAUGGAGCAAGCCUAGGGUCAUCAUACUACCCUCCCUCCCAAAAUGGGCACUUCUACCUCCCCCCUGAGUCUAGGCUAGGGCCGGAGCCCGAAGUGGAGGAUGGUGGCAGGGAGGCGAUGGUGAGGGAUAGGGGCUCAGCCAGCGCCCUCCUGCAGCAGAUGAUGGACUCCAUCGAAAGGCAGAAGGAGCGAGCAACAACUGGAGAGGAACAGGGAGAUGGGGACGACCCCGACAUGGAAUUUUACUUGAAUUACUUUAGCAGCGGGCAGCAUGAGGAUACAGCUUCUGCUGCUGUAACACAGGGAGUGCCAUCGCUCUGGUUAUCACGAGGCAGUACAGGCCAAGGCAGAGUAGGAGGGGAGAGGGGGGUUGGAGAGCGUGGCGGUGGGGGUGGAGGAGAGAGGAAGAUGCGCUCUAAGGCUUUCCAGAAGUGCCCCAUAUGCUCCAAGGUCAUUCAAGGAGCAGGCAAGCUACCCCGCCACAUCAGAACGCACACGGGAGAGAAACCCUAUGAAUGCGCCAUCUGCAAAGUGCGCUUUACCAGGCAGGACAAGCUCAAGGUUCAUAUGCGGAAGCAUACAGGAGAGAAGCCUUACCUGUGUACACAAUGUGGAGCUGCCUUUGCUCACAACUACGACCUGAAGAACCACAUGCGUGUACACACUGGCCUACGCCCCUAUCAGUGCUCAAGCUGCUUUAAGACUUUUGUGCGCUCGGAUCACCUGCACCGCCACCUCAAGAAGGACGGCUGCAACGGUAUCCCGUCUCGCCGAGGCCGAAAACCUCGGGUGAGAGAGCCUGGGCUCCUGGAGGCCCCGCUAGGCCUGCUGAGUCCCGGUUCCGACACAGGCCCUGGGCCUCGCACCAUCAGGGGACGGCGGCGCUCUGAGGCAACCUCAGCGAUGGAGAUGGAGGGUGCUGCUGGAGCACAUGCACAGAGUCCUCAGCUGCAGGAGCUGGCAGGGGAGGCAGGGCCCUGAGACUGCAGGGGCGACAAGGACACUGCUGGACACCAUAGUCACUCUGCACCGCCUGUGAGACAGGCCUGUGGACAGAGAGGAGAAAAAAACAUGCAAAGGCAAUUAAUAAAAAAAAAACAACAAAACAACUAACUAUUCCUCUAUAAACCAAAUCAGGGUGUCACAAAAAUCUAAUCUUUAUAUUUCUUUCUCCUAUUACUUUAGGAAACGGAGUAGACUUGCAAGCACUUAAGUUGGUUUAUGUGUUAAAGAGCAAAGAACGCUUCAAAUCAUCCACCCAUGAUGUCCACUUUCUGGACCAUUUCUUUCUUUGUAAUAUUAGGGGUUUUAUACAUUGGCAUAUGUGCUUAGGCAAAUGUAUGAUAGAUACAAAGAAACUCUGAGCAACUAUGCAGUUGAUUUAGAUUUUUAUUGGUUUUGUCCUCACAGCCUUCAAGCUCUAAGAAAGGUGUCUGUCAAGCACCUUCUGGCUGCUGUACGGGUGAAGCGAGGACAAAUCCUCCCAGUGAAAACAACUCCUUUUCUAUUCUUUUGCAGGUCUGAAAUGUACAGUUACCAUAGAAACAACAUUGCCACAAUAUGGCAUAUGCAAGGAAAACUCACCACAGUUUUGAUGCAACAGUUUUUUCCUCUCUAAAUGUUCCAGAAAGAAUCAGGCAAGGGUUUGAUUGAAGUGUUACUUACUCUACAAAAAUGCAUUUUAAGAAUCUAUGGUUUGUCUUGUUGAAAACAAAUUCACCUUGAGUCAAAUCCACUUUAAUGGGGACUCACCGAUUGCAGGACUAGGGAGUACGAGGGGUGGAGGGUUUGUGUUUAUAAAGCACUACCAUUGUCAAUGUAUCUGUUGGCUUUACUACGUUGCCUCUUAUCCCUCACAACCCUGCAAUGUCAGCAUUUUUGUUUUCCCUUUUGAUUUUGUCUUAAUUUUUUUUUUGGUCGUUUUCCUUUUUGUUGACUGCUUCGGGUACUUGACACUUUAUAAUUGUAUACAUGUAUAUACAGCAGGUGGUGAUGUGACAUUGGCUCCCUCUUGAUGCUGAGGUGUACUUACCAAUCGCGUUUUUUUUUCUCUUAGGCUUGAUGUCAUAUUUCUCACAGAGUGAAGCUUGUGGGUGAGCGAAACAAACUGUAUGAAUGUUCGAUGACAACAAAAAAAAACAUUGAGUCACCCGUCUGUCCUAAACUUAACACUUGACAUGUAUAGUUCCUGCCCAAAGGAUGAGGAGGUCGAAUGAAUGAAUGUGCUUAACUUUUUUGCAGUUUUUUCGGAAUCUGUCCUUGUGUGACAAGGCGCGGGUAGCAUUUAACCAAUCACAGGUUAAAGGACUGGCAGGGAGCCCGAGUGAGAGAGUGACAAAAAGAGUACGAAGAAGAGAUGGAUGAGCACCUUUUUUUUUUCCUAUGUUUGCACAGCUUUACUAAAGAUAUCCAACAGAGUGAGAGAGAGGUAUAUUAAAGGAAGUGGGUUGUUGUUGGGGGAGGAAGUGAGAGGAGGUUUAUGUAUCACGCUUAUUCCAAUCUUUUUGCCCUGGGGACCACACAACCGUAAGGCAACCUGUAUGAUGAAGAGAGCAAUAAAUACCUGUCCAAGUUGGGAGGCCAAAUAGGAGCGCAGCUGCAGCUGCUUGAUGUGGGGGGUGGAGGGGAACAAGAGGAAGGGGAGGGGGAUCUCACAAUGUCUGUUGCAUUCCAAAAAAUAAUCUCCCCCAGCUCAGCCACGUUUCCAGGCAGGAGGGGAUCAAAUCAGGCCUUUUUCUCUCCCUCUCGCUCUCCCUCUGUAGUCCUCUAAUGCCCCCGAACCAGCCUGGAGGGGAUAUUAUUAUAUUAGAGCCUGGUGUUACUGUGGGGAGGACGCCUGGUGCUGGCAGUGGUAGUGUGCGAGUGUGUUUACAUGUACGUGUGUUGGCGUGCAUGCGUGUGUGUGCGUGGCAGCCAGGGUCCCUCUGGCCACAUCAUCAGUGUGUGAGUCAGCCACAGCUUGUUCAAACAUGCACCCUGAGCUGCCAGCCCCAAUGCACUUUCUCUCACACUCGCUGGGUCCAGGUAUCCUGUAGAGAAAGGGAAAGCACCAGAGCUGACAUAUCUGUUCCAGUGUUGUCAGUGACUCCAUACAUCUGGAUUUGCUAGUCUUAAAAUAUCCAAGUUGUGCUUUUGUACUCUAAAUCCAAUGUUGUUAUUCCAUACUGAGCCUACUGAGUCAAGAGAACACGCAUGCAAGUUUCGAAUCCCCCCCCCCCCCCCCCCCCCCCCCCCCCCCCGGCCCACCUUUUGAUUUCUGCAGUAGUUCUGUAGUUCCAACUAUCAGUCCUUUUGCACCUUGGUUAGAACGAGGCAGGUUAUGAAUGCACUUUGUUACUGAAGAGGGCACUUUUGUCAACGAAACGGGUACUUUGAAACAAACCAGUUGCAAAUGAGAUCAGUCCUUGUGUGUGUUUUCUCUGUCCACGGUGGUGAAGUUGAACUCCUUCACUGGUUUUGUUCAGGUUUUGACGACAAGCUGCCAAAAAGAUAAAAAGUGAAAGAACAAAAAAAAAAGUUUCCAACCAGUAAUAUUUGAGUUUGGAUCUCUUCAAGAGAAGCCUAGCUGGUUCAAAUGCAAGCAUGUUGGGUUUGGUGACCUAAAAAACGACUAAAUUAAUCCAUGUAACUGAAUGCACUUGAAGUUAGUUGUUUUAAAGAAUCAACAGUGAUUGUCUUUAUGUCUUAAUGUAAGUGGGGGCGUUGAAGGAGGCGGUAGACGAAGAAGAAUGGGCGCUGUGUGUGUGUAUGCAUGCAUGCAUUUUUGUUUUGCAUGCAUGUGCACAGGCAUGCAUUGCUGGCUGGUAGGCUGGAGGGUCUCAGGACAUCCCUGGAUAAACAAACAUCAUGUCUACCCCAUCUGUUCACCAGCUAGUCUCAUAACCACGUGUGUUCUCUGAGGAACCGCGGUGAUAAUAGGUCCACGGUACCACAGAAGCAAAAAUACCAUAUUGUAGAACAACACAUUGGACAGUUGCUUGUUUACUUCACAGCUCUCUCGGUGCAGAUUUGCAUAACUCUUUGUUUACCCUUGUUGGUCAUAGUCGUGUCGACUAUGUCUUGAGAGUCUUAGUUUCUAAUUUUUUUCUUUUUGUUAUGACAAAGAUGGGGUUUGUUAUUGCACAGUUUGACUCCCACAGGCAGACCAGUGUAAUCUGGGUAAUCUAAUGUCUACCUGACUUGUGAUUUUUAUGUUUAGUGGUACUUGGCGUGGACUGCUUUGACCCACUUUGUCUCGAUGUGGCAGAGUUUUUAACCUGUCAGGACCUGUGAGCCAUCUUAAACACGACAUUUCUUUGGACCUUAAUGCUUCCCUGAAUGUCUUACGUUGUUUGUUGAUUAACCAAAGCUUUUCGCCCUCCGUCUUAGUCUACAGUAGACUAGAGAAAUAUAAUUUAUCCAGACUGGGCCUCCCUGACUAAGCCACACACGGAUGCCCUCUUCUUGAAUACAUAUGCAGAAAUGUGUGUGGAAUCAUACAGAUAUUUACUUGAGUUCACUUCCUCUCACUCUUUGUAUCCUUGUGGACAAUAGAAUCAGAGGUUUAAGGAUGUAUAGCUUUUUUUCUGUCUGUCUACACUUCUUAAAAUAACGUGUUGUGCUACAGCUGUUUUUUUUUCUAACGAUUUUACAUGGCUGUGCGCGUAUGUGGAUGCUAGUGCGCGUGUGUGUGUAUAUGUGUGUGAUGUGGGUUUUGGGGGGGAUCUAGGGGUCUUGGUUUGGGGAUGCUGUGCCAGGAGGGUGGGGUAAAUGGGUGCUUGGGUGGGGUUAUGGAUAAAAGCCUGAUAGCACUGGAAAUGGUGCUUUAGCUGAGAGAGCAAAAGUUUGCACUAAUGUUAAAUGUCCUUGUCCUGCUUAUGGGAGAAGGACAGGAGACCUCAGAAAGGCCUGCGAGUUUCCAUGAGCACAGAGCAGUGUGGUUAAUACUCAAUGGUCUCAUCAAGAGUCCAUCCAACCCCUCCGUAGAAAUAAUCAUGUACAGUAUAUUAAGAAUAUACAGACGUCCAGCAACUACAAAUACCAAAGGAGAAAAAAAUAAAAGAUUUUCAUCCAAGUCACUGGGCAUUUUAAGCUACCGAUCUAAUGUUGGAUUAUUAGAGUUUUAUUCUUGAUCUGAAUGCUCUUGAAAAGAGAUUCUGGAUGUAAAUUUUUGAUGGAAGCAAAUCAUGUUUGCUAUUUAUAUUUUAAAAAAUAUUCCAAAUGUAUAACAUUUAGACAAGCAGCAAGCUUCUCCGAAAACAUUCGAAAUAUUGGUUCUGAUCUGAUGGCUGAGAUGUGCUGUGUGAAGGUGCCAGAGAUACUGAUUCCAAUUGUUUUUUCCUUUUUUCUCUUUUUUAAAUUCAGAGAUGGAAUUUAUGUCUCAUGCAUGGAUAAUCAAUGAUGAAAUGUAAUGUUAUUUUCAAACACUGUCUUCUUGAUCACUGCUGAAUUGGAUGAUUUCAGUUGACUUUCUGCGAAGGUGGAACUGAAUUUAAAUGUUCUCUAAUUGAAACAGACUGUGACUUUGUGGCCUAGUCUGGACAGCACUAAGCUUGUUGUGUUUUAUGAUUCCAGACAGUCGUAUUGUGCUGUGUGGGGCUGAGGCUCAUUCCCACCAGAUGGAAAAUGCAACAUCAAGGGCCACAGUGUGCCUUAUGUGGACAGGGAUUGACAAAGCUCAUACCUUUUUGUUUAGUUUUUGUUUUAAUUUUUUACCAUAAACCCUUUUCUUGCCACAUUUUAGACCAAAUUGUAAAAGCGGAUUGGCUUGAAGUGAUCUGUUUGGGCUUUACUUGAAUGAGUCCUAUAAUAACGUCUCUGUACUAUCCCUGAGUUCAGAGCUGUGUCUCUAUCAGCCUCCAUGGCUCCACGACUGUGUGUCUCCAGCCUCAGCCCCAGACCAAGGUUACUCUGACACAGGCUACACUGAGACAGUCUCAGAACUUCAUCACAAGUGUUUUAUUUUUUCAAAAUUGUCCUUGAUAUGUUAUUUUUCCUGUGCUAUUAUCAAAGUUUUUUUUUUUUUUGGUGAAGCUAUCUGAGAAGGCCAUAAAACAAAGACAAUAACAACUAUGACAAAACUGAUAACUGUAAAAAUAAUCAAACAGAGCAGGACGGGCUGACUGUUAUUGUGGUGAGCUAUCGUGGCCGCAGAAAGGGGACUGUUUGCUUUGCUUUGUCAUUUUUGCUGCACACCUGACUUCUUUUAUUUUUUAUUUUUAUUUUUUGUGUUUUCCAUCAGGCUGUUGAUGCACAGCAAGCUGAGUGCAGCAUAUGCAGUAUGGCACUAUGCGCAGCGUGGCUCUGGCACUUGCACAGACAGCCCUGGGUCCUUCAGAGAGGCAGGCUGCUGUCUGUUGGCUGCUCUCAGCCAAGUGGGGACAGUUUGCACUUGGAGUCUUUCUCGUCUCUGGGGAUACAAAGGCUGGCAUACAGGGAGGAGGAUUAAAUACGGGUGGUCAGGGGAAGGCUGAAUGUUGUUUUCAGGGAUGAGUUUAGUAAGCCCAGGUGAUGGACUCUUUGCUGAGCAAUGGUUCAGUUUGUAGGAACUGCAUGGCCACAAUAAGACAUGUAACACAAAGGAGGUCACCACAGAUUUCACAUUGGGGACCUGCAACAAUGAGAAUGUUGCUGAUCUCUUUUGUCUCUUUGUAAGUACUACUCAGGUGGAAAAUACACUGCUAUGCAUUGAGUUUCUGUGUCAGUUUAUGAUAUGUCUAAUCACCCUCUGUGUUACUUCUCUGUUUUUUUCCCUUUCUUAUUCACACCAAUAUUUACAUAAUAGUUCCCAGAAAGAUAAAAGCACGAACAGUUCCCUCAUUGUAAAGUGGCUGCGACCAACCUAUUUCUCUAUCUAAUAUUGAUCCGGUGAAUUGUUUGUUGGAGGGAAAGAAGCCACUUGGGAUUCAGUCUUAUUAGUCAGACUGUAACGUUUUUGAAGGAGAUGGGGCUGGAAAAGCACAGGGGAUGGGGUGGUGGGGGUGAGGUUGUAUGUUCUCCGACUUUCUUCUCCCAUCGCUCUCCCUCUCUCCGGACUCAGAGUCUACAUCUUUGCUGCCGACCGGCCUUUGAUCAAAGAUCACACACCCUCAGCAGGGGAGUCGACGAGAGAGAAAGGAGGGAGAGGGGAGUGGAUUGGAGGUGAGGAGGAUGAGACAGUUUCAGUUUGCAGUCACCUAAACCAAUUUAGGAUACAUUCCAUAACUUCAUACUGUGAUUCCCACUUUGGAGUUUUUGGCAGGUGUAAAGGAUGUGAGUCUGAGACAGCAGGAGGAAACGGGCAACAUUUUACAGUUGGCUGUUUCGGUCCGUCUGUCUGUCUGUAGCCUCACUAUCUCACAGACAGACCGUUUAAAAAAAAAGGCCCCCAGUUCAGCGCUAUCAAACUGCCUUUUUUCAGCUUCUGCGAUUGUAACAAAAGCACUUUGCGAAAGGCUAUCCUGAAUUUUGUGUGCUUUGAUUUUAUGGUUAUCACUAUUGUUGUUAUUUUGUUGUCCCUGUCGAUGUUUUUUUUUUUUUUGUCUUUUGUUUUCUCAGUGCAGAUGAUUAUUUAAAUGCAAAAAAUAUAUAUAUGAUGAAAAUGAAAAAAAAAAAGAGAAAACUUGAAUAUUUGGUGUCUAGACUGAAGAUGGCUUGAGCUGCCACUUCGUCUGGAUGUAAAGAAACGCAUCUCUGUUCUACUACCACCAUACCUGUUAUGCAGCUUAUUGCAUAGUCACACAACGGUGGUGGGGGUUACAGGACGGACCUCCCCUCUGCCUGCUCUCUGCUCACUGUCUCAGAUGUUGUUGGGAGAAAGGUCACUUGAUCUAAUUUCUGGAGACUCUUUUCUUGGAAAAGAAACCUGUAUAACAGUUGCGAAGCUUUCUGAGAAGGCUAGCUGUGCUGAAUGUUAAACAUGCAGUGUUUAAUCUACUGCAGAAUCUCUUUGUCUGCAAUAACACCCUGUCUGUGUAGGUAAAAGGCUGGAUCUGGUAUCCAUAUAGAGCUUAAAUGAUCAUGAAAGACAAAUGGCCAAAAUGACCAUCAUCAUUUCCAUUUGCAAAUCAGUACAGAAAACAUGUUUUGGCCUUAACACCUGCGUCAAAUCCAGAUUACUGCAGUAGAGCGGAAAGAAUAUUGAUCAUGAUAAGCAUUCGAUAAAUCUAUAGUUCAGUAAAUGGUUUCACUUGGGAGAGAAGAAAUAGGCUACUAUUUAUAGAUUGAGUUGUAACUGUGAUAAUUAUAAUUCUUUACAGAGAUUUUUGUUUUGUUUUGCUGAUGUACGUUUUAAAGCCCCAGUUCUCAAAUCUGGACGUUUUAAUUUAAGUUUACACUGAGUUAUAUAAGGCAGAAAACUGUUGCACCACAUCUCUCUGUGUGGCAAAACUUUUAAUAAUGUCCCUCUGCUGACCACAGUCCACUCUGCGGAUCCCAAAGGCGGAAUAACCUGCUCGUUACUAUCACUAACCGGAUGGACUGUGGCCAAAAUAUGCAACAUAAUUGGAUGUUUUACCAACAGAGUGCAACAGACAAAUUUUUCUCUGUGUAAUUCAGUGUGGUUUCACUUUUAAAUAACCCCUUUCUUUUCACAAAAGUUUUUUUUCUUUGCGUAGAAGUCCAUAUCUGUUGGAAGCUGCAGGGGAGGGGGGAAUAUAGGUGAUUUUUUUUGUUUGUUUUUUUUGUUUUCAGAGAAUUUGCACUUUUUGGCGACGAAAAGAAAUUGUAUUGUAUAUGAGACCACUAAAUCCACACAGUCUAAACCAUAUAAUUCCAUUUUGUGUCUUUUUUUGUUUGUUUUGUUCUGUUCUUCUUUUUUUAAUAUAUCCAAAAAUGUCUGGCAUCUGGUUGUCUGGUUUAAAGAAUAUAAAAUCUUUCUAUUAAAAAGAAUGGUUGCAAA